GAAUCGAACCCACCAGUUGAACCCCGGGCCUGGGAUGACAUAUCACAUCGCAGGCGACAGCUUUCCAAUGCCCCCCCGGCGAAUUUGCAACUCAGCGCACCGUGCACGGAAACAUGAGGUUUGUUAUAUUAUUAGCGAGGCACGAACCUCUCAGCCCGCGGGAAUCCGAGUAUCGUGCUGGACACGUCGCGCGGUGCAGAGUCGCUGCAUGGGAACCAGGGGUGGCCGUAGGACAUUGCGCAUUCGUAUAAAGCCAUAGGAUGGAAGCGCGAGAUGACAGGCUGGUGGCAAUCUUCCGACAACCGUUUCUGCGCAGCGCUGCUUUCUUGUCCGCCGUUACCCAAUACCUGGUAGACAAACGACAAUGGCAGCCCUGUGGUUUCAGAUUGCUGCCCUAGCGGCCUUGGUUGUGUCUGUGUCAUUGGCGAGGAAUAUUUCUCCCAGUCGAGACACGGUCCAGACGCUCCCUGCGUGCACGGAGUUGAAUACCAGAAAGUCGUGGAACGCGUUGACAAAUCUGGAGAAGCUGGAAUAUCUGCGGGCGGAGCGAUGUCUGAUGCACCACCCACCGCUGCUUGGGACGGUCGAGGACGCGCAGACACUCUGGGACGAGCUGCACCACAUGCACAUCUGGCAGGGCAACUACAUCCACUUUGUUGGGCAAUUCCUGCCAUGGCAUCGCUACCUCGUGCGCACCCACGAGGUGCUGCUGCAGGAAUUAUGCGGGUACCACGGGGCGCAACCGUACUGGGACGAGCUGGCAGAUUAUGAGUCAGCUCCACUCCACGAGGCGGCGAUCUUCGACCCGGUUUUUGGCUUUGGGGGGAACGGGGUUGGUGAUGACGCUUGUGUCCGAGACGGGCCUUUCCGCGAUACCACCCUGCACAUCCGAGCUCACGCGGCUAACACCGACUACUGCCUGAGUCGCAACUUCAGCCAGGAGAACUUCGCCUGGGCUCGCCGCAGCAACGUGGAGGACUGCUUUGGAGAGGCCAAGUACGAGGACGCCUGGGCAUGCUACAACACGUAUCCGCACUCGGCGGGGCACGCAGCGGUCGGAGGCGUGAUGUUUGACCCGACGGAGAGCAAUGGCGACCCGAUCUUCUACCUUCACCACGCAUACCUGGACCGACUCUGGUGGCAGUGGCAGCUGGCGGACCAGCCGGCCAGGAAUGCUGACAUUGGGGGCGCAAAUGUGCCGCCGCAGGAAGUGCUCGACACCGUAGGCUUGUCGCCGCCGAGUGCAACGCUGGUGGAUUAUAGCGGCGAUCCGGGCAAUCAGACCACGCUGGCGCAUGUGCUGUGGAUGGGCGGCAUCCUGCCCAACGUGACGAUUGGCGAGGUGAUGGAGCUUGCAGGGGAGGUCAUUUGCGCGCAUUACGAGUGAGGGAUAUAUCUGAGGGAUGAGGGAUAUCCUUGGGUCUUCCCCAGGUUACCACAGCAAGUGUAAUUUGACGUGAAGUUGGGGAAGAUGGAGAAAGUGGAACAGGCUGGAGAAAAGUUCAAGUAACAGAAUUUGCUAUCUGCACCUUAUCUGGGUGGGCGCUGCUCUGACUCUGUUCCUCGUGCUUCCAGAAGGCCGAGCCACCAAUUCCUAGCCAAGUCUGGCUAGUGCAGGGCACACUGUAGCUUCAUUGGCUGGCGAACCCGAUAAGCCCCUCGUAAGCGGCCAGCCAAGUG